AUGGCGGAAGGGAAAGGCCAGUCUGGCGAUGGUUUGCCGUCGCAGAUGAUCGCAGACUCACCACCCCAGCCCCAAAAGCCAUUUUCUUUCUACGUGUCGGUUUUCGGUCUCGCGCUUGUCGCUUUGAUCACGUCCUGGGACGCAACUUCUCUGGCGAUUGCCUUGCCCGUCAUUGCAGAACAGCUGCACGGUACUACAUUAGAGUCCUUAUGGGCUAGCAUCUCGUUCAUCCUCGGGGUUGCCUUAACACAGCCUAUCUACGUGAGCUUAUCUGAUGUCCUCGGCCGCAAGCCGCCGCUGUACUCUUCGGCAGUCCUGUUUGCCAUCGGUGCCAUUGUAUUUGCCCUUGCGAACGACAUGUCUGCCCUCAUCGCAGGGCGCCUGAUUCAGGGCCUGGGCGGAGGCGGGCUUUACGUGCUCCAGGAUAUCAUCUUGGCGGAUAUAACAAGCCUCAAGGAGAGGCCACUCUACCUAGGCUUGAUCUCACUGGCCAUGGCCAUGGGAACAAUUUUGGGGCCUGUCAUCGGUGCCGUUUUCAGUUCUUUCAAUUGGAGAUGGAUUGGUUGGAUCAAUUUACCCAUCAUUGGCCUCGGCUUGCUCACCUUCGUAUUCUUCCUCCAUCUCCGCGCUAUUUCGCAACCGUUAGCCGCUAGGCUCCGCCGGUUGGAUCUGGCCGGCAUGGCUUUAUUUGGGUUUGGCGCCACCGCAACAGCACUACCUAUCAGCUGGGCAGGAGCGUUAUACUCCUGGUCUUCGUGGAGGACGAUCGUCCCAUUGACUAUCGGAUUAGUUGUUCUUGUACUGUUCGGUGUUUUUGAGCGAAGGGUACCUGCGGAACCGAUACUACCCUUUCGCGUUCUAUCCAACAUCACGGCGAGCACUUCGUUAAUUACCGGAUUCAUGCACGGAUCAAUCUUAUACACGGCGUUACUGUAUAUCCCCCUCUAUUUCCAGGCAAUUCUACUCGAAACCCCCCUGGAGGCAGCCAAAUCGACUCUCCCAAUCUGUUGCCUUACAGUGGCCUUCAGCUUCAUCGCCCCAGUUAUUAUAGAGCUUACGCGCCGGUAUCGCGUAUUGCUUUGGGUGGGAUGGGUUAUAAUGACAUUGUUCCUAGGCCUUUGGUGCCUGGUAGGCCCAAGUACUCCACGUGUUGAGGUUUAUGUCUUUCAGGCUUUUCUCGGCGUCGGCCUGGGUACCGUGUUUACCGGAUCACAGGUUCCUAUGCAGGCCAGUGUGUCCCAUGUUGACGACACUGGUCUCGCAGUUGGGACGCUCAUCGUGGUGCGACUAUUCGGCGCACUCAUCGGCCUUUCGAUCAGUUCGACGAUUUUCAGCUCUGUAUUCUCAAAAUCGAUUGCAGCCUUAGGGCGAUUACCCGAACCCGUGAAGAAGCUUGAGGAUUCAACCGAGGCGAUUAACUUUAUCCCUCUCCUCAGACUGGUGGAUAUUCCAGAUAAAUCAAGUAUUAUCGAGGCAUAUCGACAACCAUUUCAAGCCAUAUGGAUCAUGAUGACAUGUUUUUCUGGUGUAGGACUAAUGGCUUGUUUAUUCAUUAAAGAGCAUACUUUGGAAAAAGAAGAAGUUGGGAGACAGGGUUUUGCUCGUGAACCAAGCCAGGGUGGAACUAUAAUACAAAGAAGCCUUCAGACCUGA